AUGGCACAGGCUCUUGCUGCUAAAACAAAAGUGAACAGCUACACAGUGGAUUUUGAGCAAUAUCCCCACCUUCUUACCGUCAUGAGCUGUGUGCAGCAGGCAGGACUAGAGGACCCAAAAUGCAAACUCCAGGAGGCAAAAGUUUUCCCUAUGUACACCAUCACCCUGGGUUAUAAAUCAGACGGCCUCACAGUGACUAAAGUACAGACCUCCAGGUUAUUUAAAUUCAAGAGGUUUAACAGGUAUAAAGAUUCAGGCACUGCAAGCCUAAAGGAUGAGGAAGAGUUCACGGAUAUAUUGGAGGAGAGGAGGCGCACCACUGAUCUUGGUUAUGCCCUGAGAACCUUUAACCCGCAACCGUACAAAGGAGCCCCAACCCUUUCCACCUCUGACCUCAACAAAGCUGUACUGGAGUCCCAGUAUCUGUGCUAUAUUAUCAAAGAGAUUGCCAUGGAGAUGGGGUCAUCUGUGGAGAAGGUGAAAGAAGAUGCUUCUAGGAUUUUGAAGGAAAUGUCUCACAAUCUGCAGCUGGGGUUUAUCAGGCUAAUGGGCUACACUCUAAACAAGGUGUUCAAGAGACUCUACAGUAGGGCUGGAAUUGUUCUGUCACUGCAGCUGCAGCAGGCCAUCCAGGAGAGUCCUGUGAUCUUGAUACCCAAUCACAGGAGUUAUGUGGACUUCUUGAUUAUAUCCUAUAUCCUGUUCACCUAUGACAUCCCAGUACCUGUCAUUGCUGCAGGAAUUCGUCUUGCAGAUGUGACGAUUAUUGGAGGGCUUCUGCGUCGCUCUGGAGCUUUUUAUAUCCGACGAGCAAUCGGCUCUGACAAGCUAUACUGGGCGGUGCUUUUAGAAUACGUUCAAACAAUUGUCAGGACAGGAUAUGCUCCUUUGGAGUUUUAUGUAGAAGGUUUCAGAAGUCGCACACUGAAGUCUCUGGUGCCAAAGCUUGGUAUGAUGGACAUGGUGCUGGAGCCAUAUUUUAAAGGUGAGGUGUUUGAUAUUACCCUGGUGCCCAUCAGUAUCAGCUAUGACAGAGUGCUGGAGGAGUCAUUGCUUGCACUUGAGUUGUUGGGUGUCCCCAGACCAAAAGAAAGCAUCACCGGACUCUUUAAAGCUAGCGGACUCCUGCAGGAAGAUUAUGGCUGCAUGCAUGUGAACUUUGGCCGCCCCCUGUCUGCCCGACAGCUGUGUGAAGGAAAGAUAAAUUGGAGUGAGUACAACCUCAUACCAAGAAAUCUUCCCCAGAGGCCAACUGCAGAGACCCAGGACUGUGUGAACUGGCUGGCCCAUUUGAUUGUGCGAACCCAGGAGGAGGGCUCUUUGAUCAGCCCUUGGUCUCUGAUGGCCUGCCUGUUGCUCCAGACUCCAUUCACAACUUUAACGGAAGAGGGUCUGCAGUGGCAUCAGCUCACAGAAAAAACCCUCUGGCUCAAGAAGCUGGUGCUGGAUUUCGGGGCCCGUCUGAACUGGCCUGCACACAUCCCAGACUCAGAAGUGAUGUCAUCCACCGUGGCUCUUCAUCACUCCAUUGUCCAUCAUAAAGAGGACCGUAUCUACCUGGUUCAGGAUGAAGACCCUGCGAGGCAAGAUCCACUGAGCCCAGAGGAAGGUGUGAUGAGGAUGGCGGUAGUGGUGCUGAUGCUGUUAGACUCAUAUCAGCUGAUGUUCAGGUACUUGUGUGAAAAGGAAGAUCACGUGUUUACUGAGGAACAGUUCCUACCUGAUGUCCGAAACCUGGCUACAAAACUCAUCCUCUCAGGUGACCUUCACACCUUUGAAGUCCUGUCUUCUGACACACAGAAAAAUGUUCUUUCUGCACUGCGGAGACUGGAGGCGGUGACGAAGUUGAGGGUGUCCCAGCAGAAGGAAUACAAAGUGAACAAAGCAGCUGUCAGCAGAACUGGUGACAUACUCUCUGGGAAAGUCCCUCUUGAGAGCCUCCACACUACACCUGACGCAAGGCUUCAGUGUCAAGUGGAAUAAAUUCAUCCUCAGUAUCAGCUCACAGCCCCCUCCCCAAUAAACUUACCCAUCUAUUCGCUACUUCUACCUCAUUGUCAUCCCUGUGGUCUCUUUAUCUUUACACAGUCAAAUCGGUACAAAUGCAGUCUGUGCUCACAGGCAAAAUACUUAAUCCUUGAUGCCGGCCAGACUUAAUCUACUGAAUGGUGGCUACCUCUCUGUCCUUUACAGACCUGAGAAGACUGAGAUGAAGCUAAACGCCCUGCAGGAUAAAUGCUGGUAAUAUAAAGGUGGCCUAUUACUGAUUUUGUUUCACU